AUGACACACGAUGGUGUUACCCCACCAAUACCGGCGCCACCGACGAAGCAGCUCGCAGAUCUCAAUCUCGCCAACCCUUUGGCAAGCAUCGUCCACCGAGCUGACAGAAAUGGCAAGCAGCAGCCAAUCCUCACUGGUGCUCGGCGUAUGUCCCUUGGAGGAGCAAAUUUGAAGAAGCCACUAGGAGGAGCGAGCGUGAAGCAACAGCGAAAGAGCUUCGGCAACAUCUUCGUGAACAUUUGGUCGGCAAUUGGUCAUCACGAGCAGCAGCAACAGGAAGUUGUGGAGAAGCCAAAGCCAGUCGUGCCAUCCGUCUCCAAGGCUCAGACUGCAGAAUCUAGACGCAAGACGAUUGAGUUGCGUCCAAGCUACUUGCCACCUGUAUCUCCGAUUGAUGCUGACAAGAAGUGCCUGGUGCUGGAUUUGGAUGAAACCCUUGUGCACUCUACGUUUAGACCAACAAACAACUACGAUUUCGUCAUUCCUGUGGAGAUUGAUGGUACCACCCACCUUGUAUACGUGUGCAAGCGGCCCGGCGCUGAGGAGUUCCUAAUCGAAAUGGCCAAGUACUACGAGAUCGUCGUGUAUACGGCCAGCCUCAGUGUGUACGCCGACCCGUUGCUUGAUAAGCUCGACCCGGAAGGUGUUAUCCGCUACCGGCUCUAUCGCGAACACUGCGUCCAGUACGAAGGCUGCUACGUGAAAGACCUGUCAUUACUCGAUCGCGACAUCGCGCAGACGAUCAUCGUUGACAACUCGCCGAUGGCUUACGCCUUUCACCCUCGGAACGCCAUCGGCUGCUCGAGUUUCUAUGAUGAUCCGAACGACCGUGAACUCGACUCGAUCGCACGCUUCCUGACCAAGUGCCAGGACGUGGAGGAUGUACGCAACCACCUGCAAAUGUGGAAUGCUAACUAUUAG